UCCUCCCCUCCUUAAUCCCAACCCAUCUCUCUCCCCACCUGCUGCAUCGCCGGACCGCCAACCCUAGCCAGGCCUCCAGCGGCGGAGGAUCGGCCCAGGGCUCCGCGGUUCCCGUGAGGCCCGAUGACGAGCUCUGCCCCAACGAGCUUCCCCAAGAGGAAGCUGGGGGUGACGCCCGCGGGGUCCUUUGACGGGCCGCUUGAGGCUGACCUCCACAGCACGCAGGAAUUGGAGCAGCUUUUGGCCGAGCUGGGUUUGUACAAGAGCAAGGAGGAGACCGCUAGGCAAGAAGAGGUGCUGAGGAAGCUUGACAAGAUUGUGAAAGAGUGGGUGAAGGAGUUGGCUAUUCAGAGAGGCCAAGUCAACACAAAUGUCGGGCUUUUCACCUUCGGGUCAUACCAUCUAGGGGUUGAUGAACCUGGGGCUGACAUCGAUACUUUAUGUGUUGGACCAAAGUAUGUGAACUGUGAGGAUUUUUUUACUAUACUAUGUGGCAUACUGGCACAAAUGGAAUAAGUGUCUGAACUACAACCUCUCCCUGAUGCACAUUUCCCUGCUAUGAAAUUUAAGCUCCACGGAAUAUCAAUUAACCUUCUUUAUGCCAAUGUUUCUCUUGCAGUAGUGCCAUCGGAUCUGGAUAUCUCUCAAAAUUCAGUGCUUUCUGGAGUUGAUGAAGUCAACCUUCGCAGUCUUAGCGAGUGCAGAGUGGCAGACCAAAUUCUUGAUCUUGUUCCAAAUAUCGAGAACUUCCGGACAACGUUAAGGUGUGUGAAGCACUGGGCGAAAAGAAGAGGUGUUUGCGUUAACGCCCCUGGUUAUCUCAGAGAGGUCGAUUGCCCUGUGAUGGUUGCGUGUAUCUGCCUGGCCUACCCUAAUGCUGCGCCAAGCACGCUGGUCACGAUGCUCUUUAGCAUCUUCGGCGAGUGGUACUGGCCGAACCCAGUGAUGCUCUGUUCCAUUCAUGAAGAUCGGGAACUUGGUUUUCCCGUGUGGGAUGCACGCUUCAAUCGUGAAGACCGGACGCAUAUCAUGCCCAUCAUUACCCCGGCGUACCCGUGCAGAAACUCGACUGUGCACGUUUCGGCAACCACGCUGGAGGUCAUGAAGGAGCAGUUCCAGAUUGGGAAUGAAGUCUGCCAGGAAAUCGAGAUGAAGCAGGCUGAUUGGGCUGACCUUUUUGAGCCGCUCGGUGAUCCCCCCAGCGACGAAACUGCCGUUUCGUGCUGAUAAACCAUUGCCAUUGACAAAAGAAUCCUAAAUUUUAUUAACGGUAUGCAAGUAUCUAGGGAACUACUAAACGACCAUGCCGUGGACACCAGAAUCCUAAAUUCAGUUAAUACAUGUUUUGCAAGUAUUUCUGAAGCUAAACAAGACGUUACUGUGGGUGCAUACCUUGUUUUGCUUAGUCUGAGACCAGAAUUAGAUUGUGCUGGAACUACCUUCUCUGAUUAUUCAGGAAUACUUAGCCAGCCAGUUAUGUCAUUCAGUUACCGUGAUGUUCAGCUGAUGCUAGUUGAACUGAACUUUGAUGAUCUCCUCGAAAGGGUUGCGCUGUGAUGUACCAGCGGAUGUGCAAUUACUGUGGACCAUCAUGCUUACCAGUACAACUAUUUAAAUCAAUGUAUAGGAUAUGGCUAAUCCGAUCUCUUGUCUUCCUGCAAGUUCAAGUUUUACAAUCCUGAAAAACUCCGUCUCUCCGAGCUUUCUUAUUUUAUACUGCUUCCAUUUUGUCACGCAGCAUUUAAAUUUGUUGAGUUUCCCAAUUCAGCUUCGCCAGUGUCUUACUAUCACUACCAGUCUAUCAUAAGACAAUAUUUGUCGCUAUUCCGUCAUAAGCCUUGCGACACAUUACGAAUUACAGUGAUGCUUAAUGUUUUGUUAGUGUCUUCAUGUCAAAAUUUAUUAUUCUGUGGCAACACACAGGACAUU